CCAGUCUGUGGAGAUGUCGUGACCUUCUGCUGUCCACCGUGACUGGACUGAGACGUCCCACAGCCGUGAAGCUCCUGAAACAUGGAGCAGGGAGCUCCCUGCAGCUCUACGCUUUGUGAUUUACUCUUGUUCCAGACUCAGAUACAUCCAAACACCUUCCAGCUUGAUACCUGAUCCUGACUCCACCUCUUCACAGUGGUUCAGAUGGCGGAGACGGUGAAGUACGUGGAUGAUGAACACAAGAGCAUUUUCCUGAAGCUGCUGAAUGAGCAGCGGCUGGAGGGCGAGCACUGUGACAUCGCCGUGGUGGUCGAAGACGUCAAGUUCCGCGCUCACCGCUGCGUGCUUGCUGCCUGCUCCAACUACUUCAAAAAGCUCUUCAAGAAACAUGAGGUGGACAACUCGUCCGUGAUAGAGAUCGACUUUAUUCGCUCAGACAUCUUUGAGGAGGUUCUGAACUAUAUGUACACGGCAAAGAUCUCCGUCAAGAAGAAAGACGUCAACCUGAUGAUGUCAUCAGGACAGAUCCUUGGCAUCCGCUUCCUUGACAAGCUCUGCUCCCAGAAACGCGACGUGUCAUCAGAAGACAAAGAGAAGUUCCCGUAUGACAUCGUAAAGAUGGCGCUGCCCCCUGAAGCUCAGCUGGCUGCAGACUCUGAGGUGCUUGGUGAGCACGAUGACUCGCACAGUACAGAUGACCUCGUGGAGGCGUCAACCAAUCAGGAGCUAGACAAGUCUCCGAAUGCAGCACUGCACGUCCAGGAAGCUAUCUUGAAAGAACUAACCAAUGAGGAUGUUCACAAGGUGGCCUGCUACGACCAGGAUGUGGUGGCAGAAAUGGAGGCGGAGCCUAAGGAACUGGGGGCGGAGCAUCACGCCACCCAGACCUUGACCUUCACAGAUAGUAUGGGCGAGGUGAAGGAUGAGCAGGCACCCAGCUGGUCUGCAGCCCCCACUGAAAUGAAGUUUGAAUACCUGCUGUACGGACACCGGGACCAGUUGGCCUGCCAGGUGUGCGGGAAGACCUUCCUGGAUGAGAGUAGACUCAGAAAACACGAGAAGCUGCACUCAGCGGAACGUCCAUUUGCCUGUGAGAUCUGCUCCAAAGCGUUUACCACCCAUGCUCACCUGAAAGAGCACCUGAAGAUCCACACAGGCUUUAAACCCUACAGGUGUGACGUUUGUGGGAAGUCGUUUAUAAGAGCUCCAGACCUGAAGAAACACGAGCGAGUUCACAGCAACGAGAGACCGUUCGCCUGUCAGAUGUGUGACAAGGCGUUUAAACACAAGUCUCACCUGAAGGACCACGAGAGGAGACACAGAGGAGAGAAACCCUUCGUCUGUCCGUCCUGCACCAAGGCCUUCGCCAAGGCGUCGGACCUGAAGCGUCACGAGAACAACAUGCACAGCGAGAGGAAGCAGCUGAAUCCUCUGCAGAGCGACACCGAGACGCUGCAGGCCGCUGCCAUGGCUGCUGAGGAACAACACCUGGAGAACAUCGGCUGUUCCUAACACCUGGAGAACAUUCACUGCUCCUCGGGACUGAACGGCAGAUGGAGAACACCUGGAUGGUGUACGGAGACCAGCUAGAGAACCAUGGGAGAACUGUUCAGAACAUUAGGUGUGAAACAACUGGAGAACAUCUGGACUACAGCUUGGAGAACACCCUGAGGGCAGGUGGGGAACAGCUAAACAGCAUCUGGAUGGAGUUUAUUGUGAAGUUUAUUUGUACCAAAUACCAGUGAGGUUCUUUUUGUCAGAAGAGGUUCUGAUUCUGAUUUGACCUCCAUGGUUGUGACUGACCUCUGGACGCGUCGUCUGACUCGGUCUGAACUGAACUCUGUACAAGAACCUCCUGACUUUGUUUUAUUUAAACGGUUCUGCUCAGUUUCAUGAGCAGAGCUGCCGUGUUGUGCAAAACACGCGUGUAAUGAUGUCAUCAGAUGGGAUUAAAUAAACCAUUUUAGAUGUUUUCUAACA